UUGUAUGGUUGUUGUGCACAUUUUCAGUAGGCGAAAUAACCAGCUAUUUGUCAACAUGUUGGCUUCCGCUGAUUUCCAGCUUCAGCUGGCUUCUAUUAUGGACAUUUUAGCGAAAGCGGCUGUGGCAGAAAUCUGUAAGCUUUUCGAGGAUGGAUCAGCGGCGUGGAAAAUGGAGAUAUAUAAACACCAGAAGGAGAACGAAGCGCUCAGGACGAAACUGCAGCUGAUGGAGAACCAGCUGUGGACGUCACGGCAAUGCGAUCAGCACCAAGAGAGGUUGCAAGAAAGUUUCCAGUCAACAGCCACACAGGAGAGUUUGCCUGAAAUCAAGACUGAGAGUACUGAAGCAGACGUUUCAGCUGUGGAUUUACAAGGUUCUGUGCAGUCCAGACCUCUGCAUAACACUGAGGAUCUGAUUACCAUCGAGUCUCAACACACUUUUGAGGACUGGAAACCACAUCCAACAUCAGUGCACCACCAUGUGCCAGAUCAGCGGACUAUGGAAGCUGCCUUAAAGGGCGACCCUGAAAGGAGGCCCUCCUUCCAGAGCCCUGAGCAGGGGGUACCAGAGCACCAGGGUGUCGGGGCUUCAAAGCGCACUGACUGUGGGCAUCAGGUGUGCACAGGAGAUUCUCAAGAUGAAUACGAAGGUCCACGUGCCCCAUGUUUUACUGAAGACUGUGCCGUCAUUGAGAUGGAGAAUCUGCCCUUUGACUCUGCACAUGAGAAAUACGGCCCCACUGAUUGGACACCUACUGGAGAUCCUAUCUCAGACACUCCAGAAACACACAAAAAGACUGCUUUGAAUGAGAAGCGGUUCAUUUGCAUGCUUUGUGGGAAGUGUUUUCCGUAUGUAAGUCACCUCAAGAGGCAUCUUCGUAUUCAUACGGGGGAGAAACCAUACAGUUGUGUGCAGUGUGGGAAAAGGUUCUCUGAUGGAAGCAACAAAAAGAAACAUGAGAGAAUACAUAAAGGAAAGAGACCCUUUCAUUGUCCUCAGUGUGGGAAACGCUUCACCAGCCGCUGUCACCUUAAACGUCACCAGAAAACUCAUGCUGGGGAGGUUUAAUGUGUCUGGACGUUUCUAGCAUUAAUCUCAGCUGUGUUACUUUAAGAGGACAGUCCUCUGCAUGUAAAUUAUGGAGCAACUAGGUGUUUCACAACUAUUCAGUCAAGUCAGUGGUGUGGAACCGUCUUCAAUCAGGGGUUUUGUUCUGCAGGUUUUUGGGUUAACUUUAUUCACUGAUGAACACCAGGUGGAUUAUUUCAAUCAUGCAUUACAGAAUGUUCCAGAAGGGUUUAAUUUCAUAAUUUCUGCGAAUGAUAGGUAAAUUCAACUGCUCACCUUAAGGCCAUAUUCAAGUGUUUAUAUUGAAAUGAUUGCAACUUGGCCGAAACGUCAAAGGGUAUCUUCAAAUAUAUGCACUCACUUGUAAUUUAUGCCACCUAUGGCAUUUAAUAUAAUUCCUCUUUCCUGUAAAGAAGAAUGAAAAGAUUCUGUAAUUAUAAAUGAGACUUGAUUAGAACAAAAAUGGUAUAGAAAAUAGCUUGCCAGGAUCAGAACUCAUUUGUUCAGAGACAUUAGGAGACAAGUGCUUGGAAUAGAAACCACACGUCAGAAAUAUGAGCACAUGUAUUGAAAAAUAAUCCUUGUAUAUUAAUGUAGGAGGCAUCAUGGCGUUAGACCUUCAAACUGAAGAUUUAAUUCCUGACUUAACUCUUUCAACGAGAACAUGCCAACUUCACAAUGUUUGCAUGGGUCUACUGUGGCUUCUUCAUAUAGCCCAAAUCACAGUUAAAUGAUGCGUUUUAGCUGAAUUGGCGUGUAUGAUCGUACCUUGUGAUAUAUGCAAUACCUGUAUGAUUAACUUGGCUUUAAGUAUAGUAAAAUUAAUACAAACCUUUUUAAAUGUGCAUUAAUAAUUUGAUUUUUUAAAACAAUUUGAUUUUUUUUUGUAUUUAAGGAGACGGGACUAUACAUACAUAAAUAACUACCAAGUAGUUUUAAAAAAACACUCAAAUGAAAUCUGAGAAGUAAAACAUCCUCAUAGUACGCCAGAUAUCAACAAGGUGGUAAAACUUUGGGGACUUGAACCUGCAUCCCUCCGUUCAACAAUGUAACAGUCGUCACAGUGAGCAAAGAGGUGCUAUACGGCCUGAAAACCUUAAUUCAUCAUUUACCACUGCGACUGUUAAAAAAAAGGACUGAUGUGUUUGUGACCUUUAUUUACUUUUUAGAAAAUAAACCUUUUUCUGAAAGGGUCCCGGUUUAAGGUGAAUCUUCUGAUAUAUUUGAAAUGUCUGUGAUUAAACGUAUUAACUAAA